GCAAUGGCUCUAUUUGCGGUAUUCCUAUCUAUUAUUUUGGAGAUUUAUAAUUCUUCCGUUUUACUAGACGGAAUCUCAAUGAAUUAGAUUUACAAGAACCGCUAAGUCCUAGUUUUUCAAUACAAAAGAAGCAUUUUGGCUUGGUCUCGGAUUUUUGAUUCUAUUUUGGUAGUUCGAUCGUGAAAUUUCUUUCUUUCUGUAUUUCUGGAAUAUGAGUGUGCGACUUGUUAUAAUUGAUCCUAUUGAUAGUACAGAGAGUGGGCCUGUCGUCUUGAUAGAGAUGAUUUUUGACCUCGUCAGGUAUUUAUUUUAGUAUCUGGAGCACGGAAUAUAUGAAAUAGAUUAUGAAGUAUUAGAACUAUGAUUCAUACUUAAUAUUCAGAUCCCGUGACCGGAUUCCAAAAAAUUUCAAAGAAUUACACAUCCCCUUCCUCCUUUCGUAUCUCUAUUCUCUCACCAACCUCAGUAUUUCUACUUUUGCCACUGCAUAAUGAAGAGUCUCCCCAUCGCAGUCCUACUCUUGCUCGCUCUCUUCUCUGCUGCAAGAGAAGACCAUGAUGAUGAGUGUGUUUACACCCUUUACGUUAAAACAGGAUCCAUAAUCAAGGCGGGGACAGAUUCGAAGAUCAGCCUGACCCUUGGCGAUUCACAAGGCCGAUCCGUUUGGGUCACAGACCUCGAAUCAUGGGGUUUAAUGGGCCCCAAACACGACUACUACGAGCGGGGUAACCUUGACAUCUUCAGCGGCCGCGGCCGCUGCAUUGGCACACCCAUUUGCCGCCUUAACUUGACCUCUGAUGGCUCAGGACCACACCACGGAUGGUACUGUGAUUACAUUGAGGUCACUUCCACUGGACUACAUAAGGAGUGUAGCCAAACUAUCUUUUACGUGGAUCAGUGGCUGGCUACUGAUGUUGCUCCUUACAAGUUAACGGCUGAGAUUGAUGGGUGUGGUUUGUGGGAUGAGUCUGCGAAGCAGGGCAUGAAGAGGAGGUUUGUUGUCGGGAAGAAUCGCAGAAGAUCUGCUGAUGCUUGAGAAGAGGAUCGGUAGUUGAAUUUUCUUUUCUCAGUUUCUGCUGGGGUUUGAUGUUUUUGUAGGAUGGAACCGUUUGAAGUGCCUCUUGUAAUGAGUAUUAAGACCGCUGAGAAAGGCUUAUUCUUCUAAUUCUAUGGAAGUGAGAUUUCCUUUUGAUCUUCA